AGCUAUGCCCCCGGACAUCAUGCAUGAUAUGUUAGAGGAAGUUGUUCCACUGACAAUGAAGCUUGUUAUCUUUGAAGCACAUAGACAAAAGCACGUAAUUAUAACAGAGUUAAAUGAAGAGCUUCCGAAAUUCUGUAUAGUAACAGUAGACAGUGACUGGAUUUUGUUUAAACCUGGAGAUGAGUUGGACCGCACAUCACUUGACACAUACGCAGUUGAGGAUAAUUUGUAUGUUGGAUUGAGACAUUUUGUAUAAACACAUUUUUUGGAAAAGGCAAAUGAAAUAAAGGCAUGGUGCUGUGCAAGAAUUGCUAGAGGGAAUUUUUGCCCCCCUUUACACCUGCCAUUAAUAAGUCUUCUGUCCAGAUUGUCACCAGUGCCAGAGGAAGUGGUCACAGUACUGUGCUACAGCCAUAGACUGGAACCAUCAUGAGGGUCAGAGCAUGUACAAGACGGGAGUAUACCGCCAUCUUCCUCAUUGCGGCUUUUGUUUUCUUUAUCUUUGUCAUACGUCACAUGGAAGUUGUGGAGCGUCCGCAUAAAGUGAACUCCACCAUCUUCGUCCAGAGUUUUUCCACUGUAUCCUACAUGCAUCAUGGCCUCUGCACCUUCCAGCCACUGUCCCCUGAGGAUGCUGUGGAGGAGCAACUUCUACUAGACUCCAUAGUUUGGCCUGAAACUCCACCUUUGCCAGAUCCUCUUCUUGUGGAGCAGACCAGUGAUCCAGCUCACAGCACCUUCACCAUUCUCCCAAGGAGGGGAGGAGGACAGUGGCGUGUAGGGGAUCAGCUGGAGGUCAUGAUAAAAAUGUCUGACUUCCAGGGCCGUCCCAAGAAGUUUGGGGGGGACUUUUUACUCACCAGACUGCACAACCUGAAGCUUGGUGCAGGUGUGGCUGGACAAGUGGUGGAUCAUCUUAAUGGGAGCUACUCUGCUGUGUUCUCUUUACUCUGGGAAGGAGGAGCGCAGGUUGAGGUGACGCUGGUUCACUCUAGUGAGGCUAUCCCAGUGCUGAGCAGGCUGAACACAGAGCAUCCUAACAGGGUUCACUUUGGCACCCUCUACCAAUCAGGCUCACUCUCUGAAACUACCGCCUGUAGUUUCUGCCUACAUCCAACCCAGAAGCUGCUAUGCAACUACACAGACCUCCGUACAGGUGAGCCUUGGUUCUGCGAAAAGCCAAAGAAGCUGAGCUGUGAUGCCAGGAUUCAACAAUCCAGGAAAGGAAUUGACCAAGUCCUCACGGCCAAUGAGGCGAAGCUCUUUCAAAGUCGUGUAAACAUGAAAGUCUUCAUUCAGGCCUCAGGACCUGCCAAUGUCACCGUGUUGCCAAAAGAAGAAGGUCAACCUGAGGUAAAGAGCAGCAGUGUGACAUCUGGACCCUCUGGCUAUUAUUACCAGGGCAUGUGGCAAGCAUUAGAUGGAACCACAGUUAAGCAAUUCACCUCCUCUGCCAUCACUCAGUGUCUGAAAGGCAAAGUGCUCUACCUAUACGGAGACUCCACUGUCAGGCAGUGGUUUGAAUUCCUCAACAUAGUACUACCAGAUCUCAAGGAGUUUAACCUGCACAGUUUAAAGAAAUUGGGACCUUUCAUGGCCUUGGACUAUGGAAACAAUAUCAUGGUGACAUUCCGCUUGCACGGUCCUCCUAUAGUCAGUUUUGCUCCGGCACCACCUAGCAAGCUUUAUUAUAUUGCCAAUGAAAUAGAUAGCUUAACCGGAGGCCCCAACACCGUUGUAGCUUUUGGCGUCUGGGCUCACUUUGCUCCUUUCCCUAUGGAGGUCUACAUCCGAAGGCUGCGAAGCAUCCGCAGGGCGGUGGUGCGGCUGCUGACAAGAGCUCCAGGCACAGUGGUCAUCAUCCGGACAGGAAACCCCAGAGCUUUGACACCUGAUCUGGUACAUAUCUUCAGUGACUGGUAUUCGCUGCAGCGUUCUAAGGUGCUCAGAGCCAUGUUCAAAGGACUGAAUGUUCAUCUGGUCGAAGCCUGGGAGAUGGUUGUCGCCCACCACCUGCCGCACAACCUCCACCCAGAACCUCCCAUUAUAAAGAACAUGAUUGACGUUAUCAUGUCCCAUGUGUGCCCUCGGAUGGGCAGCUAGAUGUGUGUUUGUUGGAGUGAGAAGGGUUUAGAUUUAAGCACAUGCUUAAAAUUUACAUGUUAUCUCUGUGUUUUUACCAAAGUGCUGCGUUUUUUUUUUUCAGCAGUCCAUGCACAUAGUAGACUAACUACAAUUUUGGGAUGUUAAGUUAUUUUAUAAAAACUUUAUAUAGUAAUUUAUGGUGGCAUCGUGGUGCGGUGGUUAGCACUGUUGCCCCAUAGCUAGAGGGAUCUAGGUUUGAAUCCCUGGUGGUGGAGGGUUCUCCCCAUACCGGUGUGAGUUCUCACAGUCCAAAGACAUGUAGGUCAGGUUUACUAGUGAAUCUAAACCGACCGUAGGUGUGAAUGACAGCGUCAACGGUUGCCUGGUUCGCCCAGUGUCAGCUGGGAUAGGAUCCAGCUAAAAAAUGAAUAAAUGAAAUUAAUUUAGAAUAAAAUCCUCGAUAAUACAAAAUAUCUACCUUUAAUGCUACAGCCACAUAUUUAUGAACUUCUCCCUCAAGAGAUAUAAAUUGGUUUUACGCCUCCAAAAAUAAAAAAAACACUAUUUUAAUGAUAACACUAAAAUAAUAUGAAAGAGGGUAAUUAUACGCACAUCACGCAGCGGUCAAAAAGCGGUCAAAAACAGCAUACAUGAGGAAAAAGGUAACGCCUGCACACUUAUUCUAUGCCACACAAGUUUAGCUAACAUAAUGUUUUGAUUCGGCUUGGAUCGAAACAAGCAGGAUCAUUUUGUCAGGUCAAAUGUUUGAAAACCACACCUUUAUGUACACCAGUAGGGUGACAAGCAUGUGGUUGCAGGUGUGUUUAACCAUCUACCAAUAAGGUUAGUAAAACAGCUGUCAAUUGUAGUGAUACUGUGGAUCAUUGUAGUGAAACACAGACCAUAGGUGAAAACUUCAGUAGCCUACAGAGAAACGAAAGGAGCAGUUGCCAAGAUAAGAACUGGGCAUAAUGAGGAGAUUCAAGGCCAGAGCAAAUUUUGGCAUUAGGCUUCGAAAGGCUACAUCUUGCUGUAUGAGGCUAAUGGCAAGAUUCAAGGCCAGAAGUAACUUUUUGGUAUGAUGCCUCUAAUAGCUCCAUAUCACUGUAUGUGAGCAACAGGAGAGGUGAAAAGUUUAACAGCACACACACACCCUUUUAAAGUGGCUGAAUAUGAUUUUUACGUAAGUAAAUUAAAUCUUGAUUUUGUGUUCAUCUACUGAGUGGUCUAUUAUGCUGUAGUUUGUAACCUAUGUGUGGAACAAAGUAAGAAAUUAACCAGUUUGUAACCUGUGUGUGGAAAACACACCAAGAUAUAAUUUUUAAAAUAUAGUGCUGACAGUCUCAGAAAUAAUGGUGACACGUGAAAGGUGGGGCUGAGGUGUGGAAAAGCACCGAGAGCCAUGCUGGCAGCCUGACACCAUUAGAAUUGAAGCCAAAAGAUUAGUGCAUAAGAAAGGUGGGGACUCCUGGGAAGGAGGAGAGACCCCAGCAGAAUCAAAAGGCAUUAUUUAGUCUAAUCCCGGGACUGACUCGUGUUUGUUGUUGUUCUGUCAGAGACUGCAAUAAACUCUUCUGCGCAUCUGA